ACCUAGUCGAUACAGAAAAGGUCCGUACAAACAGUACAUACGUGAUAUCUCCUAGUAUAUUUGUUGUACACACUAGGCAAAAUGUUGGUACGCCUGUUCCACGUGUCCGCCGCGUCGCUGUUCUGGUAUACAGCGUGGUACGAUCAGAGUUUCAUAAAUGUACCUUUCCCGAAUGAAAAGUAUGCGCAGUAUGCUUUGAAAGGGAGAGUUACUUUCCUGACGUUCUGGUGUUUGAUACUGCAAACACUCUACUUCACCGUCUCCGUACUGAAUGACUACAUCGGCACCAAUGUCGAUCAUCCCAAGCGGAGCUCCAUCCUACGCUUCAUCAAGGACAAGCUGUUCAUCCUCGCCUUCCCCGUCGCCCUCUACGUUACCUCAUUCUUCUGGGGCAUCUACGCCAUCGACAGAGAACUCAUCUUCCCUGACUGGAUCGCCAACAUCAUCCCCUCAUGGGUCAACCACACAAUGCACUCCUUAGUUCUUCUCUUCAUCGUUUUAGAACUAGUCAUAACUUACAGGAGAUACCCGUCUAGGUCUGUUGGGUACUCGAUCGUCGUUUGUUUCAAUUUUAUGUACACGUUUUGGUUCCACUGCGUUUACUAUCAGACUGGGGUUUGGGUGUACCCUAUUUAUGGUGUGUUGAACUGGCCAGCUAGGGUAGGGCUUCAACUGGUCAGUACUACUUUAGCGCUUGGAUUUUACGUGCUGGGAGAGAAGCUGAAUGAAUUCAUGUGGACGAAAGUUGAUAAGCAGAAGGUGAAAAGCAAAUGAUUUUUUAUAUAUAAGAUGGACGCAUAAUUUUAAAACUAUAAGUCCUAGCACCGUAUUAUAAAGACAACUUAUGUAGAAAAUUUAUUGAGAAAUAUUUUGUUGCUUGUCAGUUUUAUUGUAACUUCAACUGUUUUUCUAAAAACAAUGAAAAACUGCAAAAUGCGAUACAGCACUGAGGGAAAGGGGGAAUCCUUCACUUGACAAGUUGUUUACAAAUCAAUUUUAUUUACUAUCUAUUUUAUUAAGAUACAUGCAUAUCAACUUGUCAAGUUUCAUGCUUUUAGCUGGAUGGGACUAUACGUUAUAAGUA